AUGUCUUCCUCUCUUACUUCCCUCGAGAGCGCAGCCAGACUCACCACCUCCUCCACCGUCAUCGAUGUAGAUCCUACCAACGAGCUCCCUCUCCGUGAAAUCCCAGGUUCCUAUGGAAUUCCCUUUUUCAGCCCUAUCAAGGAUCGACUCGAGUAUUUCUACGCCGCCGGGGGCCGAGAAGCCUACUUCAAGUCCCGCGCUGACAAGUACCAGUCGACGGUGUUCCGAGCCAACAUGCCACCUGGUCCAUUCAUCGCUAGCAACCCAAAAGUCAUCGUUCUCCUUGACGCCAAAAGCUUUCCCAUACUCUUUGAUGUCWCCAARGUCGAAAAGAAAGAUKUGUUCACCGGAACUUACMUGCCGUCGACCAAACUCACCGGCGGCUACCGUGUUCUCKCCUACCUAGACCCAUCGGAGCUGAGACACACUCAGCUUAAGAACCUACUGUUCUACAUGCUCCAAUCAUCCUCCACCAGAGUCAUUCCAAAAUUCGAAGAGACAUACACCGAACUCUUUGCAGCUCUUGAAGUCGAUUUAGCCCAAAACGGUAAAGCUGCCUUCAAUGACGUAGGUGAACUAGCCGCUUUCCGGUUUCUCGGCCGGGCUUUCUUUAACAGCAACCCAGAAGAAACGAAGCUCGGAAAAGAUGCUCCGAAGCUGAUUACGGCGUGGGUUUUAUUCAGUCUUGCGCCGCAGAUCAGCAUCGGGCUUCCAUGGUUCUUGGAGGAACCUCUUAUGCACACAUUCCAGUUGCCGGCGUUCCUGAUAAAGAGCAGUUACCAGARACUUUACGAUUACUUCAURUCCGUUGCUACUCCGAUSUUKGAGUACGGAGCAAYAUUAGGGAUUCCGWYAGAMGAARCUGCACAYAAYAUCUUAUUCGCUGUUUGUUUCAAUACUUUUGGUGGGAUAAAGAUCCAAUUCCCCAAUAYACUCAAAUGGWUGGCCCYCGCCGGAAAAGAUUUACAUYUGAAAUUGGCGSAGGAAAUCAGARGUGYUAUUAAAACCKUCGGCSKAGGUAMCCUUACAUUGSYGGCGAUUGAGCAGAUGCCAYUACUGAAAUCCGUCGUGUACGAGGCCCUCCGGAUCGAUCCACCSGUGCCACUGCAAUAUGCAAAAGCCAAAGUAGAUCUUACAAUAGAGUCACAUGAAGCUCGUUUUAACGUCAAGMAAGGGGAGAUGUUAUUCGGGUUCCAACCAUUUGCAACCAAAGACCCGAUAAUAUUCGACCGACCGGAAGAAUUCAUCCCCGAUCGGUUCGUCGGUGCCGGAGAAGACCUGUUGAAGUACGUGGUAUGGUCUAAUGGACCGGAGACCGAAGAUACGUCCGUCGCAAAUAAGCAAUGUGCUGGAAAGGACUUUGUUGUGUUGAUCACAAGGUUGUUCUUGAUUCAAUUUUUCCGGCGAUACGAUACUUUUGAGGCGGAGGCGGUAAGCUCGGAAUUGGGGGCGACCAUUACACUGACGUCCCUGACGAAGGCCAGUUUCUAGGGGGCUAAUUGGGGGCAUGGGAGGACUACAAAACGUGCAUAAAACUAUCGUAUUUUUCUUUCAAAAUAAGCAAAUAAAAGCAAGUGAUAAAAUGGAGUGGGUUUGCUGCAAUCUUGUGAGGAUAUCUAUCACCAUUGUUGCAUGGCAGGGGCGUUGAUAUCGAUAUCAAGAUUGUUUUGUAAUUGUAUUAUUAUUAUUCUUCAUGUAUGGUUGGUUGAAUAUAUUGUGA